UAAAGGCUCGGCCCGGGGAGCGGAAGUCUACAGUUCCAAAGCAAAGGCCAGGGAGUAGGAGGAAAGGUGUGGAGGGGGGAGUUGGGAGAUGGAGGAGAUCACGGUCGGGAAGUCGAGGUUCAAGAGGGUGUGCGUGUUCUGUGGGAGCAGCACCGGGAAGAGGAACUGUUACCAAGAUGCAGCCGUGGAGCUUGGAAAGGAACUGGUGGCGAGGAAGGUCGAUCUGGUGUAUGGAGGGGGCAGUGUGGGGCUGAUGGGCUUGGUCUCCGAAGCUGUUCAUACUGGUGGAGGCCAUGUCAUUGGGAUCAUCCCAAGAACUCUGAUGUCCAAAGAGAUUACGGGGGAGACGUUUGGGGAAGUGAAGCCGGUGGCCAGCAUGCACCAGCGCAAGGCCGAAAUGGCCCGCCACUCUGACGCCUUCAUCGCACUACCUGGUGGGUAUGGAACACUGGAGGAGCUGCUGGAGGUCAUCACCUGGGCUCAGCUCGGCAUCCACAACAAACCCGUUGGCUUGCUUAAUGUGGACGGCUACUACAACUCUCUGCUGGCCUUCAUAGACAAGGCCGUGGAGGAUGGUUUCAUCCAACCUUACCAGCGUCACAUCUUCGUCUCCGCUCCCAACGCAAAAGACCUCGUCCAAAAGCUCGAGGAAUACGUGCCCGUCGAGGAUGCUCUGAUCGCCAAACUGAGCUGGGAGAUGGAGCAGGUGGGACUAAACUCCACCCUUCAAGCUGAGAUCGCCCGGUAGCAACGCCGGAGAACAGAAACCAUGCAUCGAUCUCCGAUGUGUUUUGGUGCUUUUGGCUAUUUUGUUUGGUGGACGGGGAAAGAAGCAUAGCGUUUGUAUGUACUAAGCGCCGGUAUUCCUCGCGAUUGCACCUUUUUGUUUGUAUCUCCUCUUACAGCUAUAAUUGCAUGUAGUACUUUAGUGCUACUUGGCUACUGCUGCCAGCACAGGUUCA